GCCUGCUCAGAUCUAACCUCGGAUAUAUCCCUUGUGCAGAAAAUCUCCUGCCAGACUGGGCUUAAAACCCAACAACCCUAAUGGCCAAUUUUCCCUAUACAAUGACUUUCCACCCAAAUAAUGGAUUUGACCUUGCGAAUUUCAGUUCCAUCUCAUUUCAGCCUGACAAAGCUUACAAAAAUGGUCAGGAUUUCUAUAUUCAGGAGCGUUCAGCAGAUGGGUUUGGUAACCCUAGUUCAAGUAACUUUGGGAAGAAGGCAAGCACACAACCCAGCAAACAGAUUAUUCACAAAAUGAUUGAAAGGCAGCGGCGGAAAGACAUGAACUCUCUCUACUCGGAGCUAAGGUCACUACUUCCGGAAGAAAAUAUUCAGGGAAAGCGUUCAAUAACAGACCAACUGGAGGAAGCCGGUAAUUACAUUCGUAAUCUAGAGCAGCAGAUCAAAGAUUUAAGAAAGGAAAGAGAGAAGAAGAACACUCGGGAAGGAUGCUUUAAGGGUGUAGAAAUAUCCAGGCCUGUUGAAUUCCAUGAAUCAGAUGAGGGCAUCCCAUCAGUUAGGAUAAUGUCACUCGGUUCAACUGCAUUUCAGGUACAUAUAAACUUGACCCAGAAUCAGAUUGCCUUCUCCGAUAUUCUUCUGGUGUUGGAAGAAUAUGGAGUUGAAGCUGUGAAUGCUGCUUCGUCUGUAAAUAAUGAAAAAGUCUUCCAUACCAUAUACGCCAAGGUACCAGACAAUAGCAUUACUAAUAUCGAGCCACUAAAUGUUAAACUUCAGCAUUUGAUCAGGAAAGCUUAA